CUGAUAUUAAUGAUAUUUUAAUGCUAAACACUGUUGAUUAUUUCUUGUUUACAAAAAAUAGCAGGAAAACUCGAACAUUGCUUAAUUAUUUUGGUUUUAAGGACUAUUAUAAUCCUUACUGAAAUAAAAUUCUAAUGUACGUAAUAUAAUAUAAUAGAAAUAUCUAUGUCAGUGGUAAUAGGGUUUGUAAUAAACUUGAGCAUGAACUAACAAAACUGUGCUAUUGGUAGAUUUUUAUUAAUAUCUUAAAAUCAUAACAGCGUUAACAGUGGCCAAAAUGAAUUUUCCAAGGAACAGGACACUGUGAAUCUAAGAAAGCUUCAGUCCAAAGUUCUAGAUAAAUGGCCAGACCGAGGAAGCUCAGCGACCCUGGUGGUAUCUGCGAGAAAUAUGUAGGCCAGAACUGUCUUUGGCCAUGUCUGCAGUGGUUAUGGUUGAUCAUCUUGACGCCAUUCUACAUCUUGCAAGCUUUAUACCGGAAACUGGUUCCACCCAAGUGUAAAUCACUGGAUGGCAAAGUCGUUUUGGUGACUGGAGCAGGUCGAGGACUAGGGAGGGAGCUGGCUCUGCGGUUUGCAAGACUCGGGUGUAAAGUGGCUUGUGUUGACAUCGACAAAGAUACUGCCCUGGAUACUGCCGCAGAAAUAGUCAGGGACGGCGAAAGAGCUAAGGCGUACUUCACCAACGUAGCGAAGCUGGAGGAGAUCACAGAGCUGAAGGCAGCGGUCACGAAGGAUCUCGGACCUGUAGACAUCCUGGUAAACAACGCGUCUCUUGUCUACCUGCAGCGCCUGGAGAAUAUGCCUGUAGAAGCUAUCAGAGCCAUUUUGGAUGUCAACAUUCUCAGUUACUUCUGGAUGGUACGAGAGUUCUUGGGAUCAAUGAAGGAGAGAAAUGCAGGACAUGUUGUCACAAUAUCUUCAUUAUCUGCUCAAUUUGCUCUGCCUACUGCUCCACUCUAUGCCGCUUCCAAAUGGGCCAUUACAAGUUUUGCGGAAUCCAUGCGGUUGGAGAUGCUCAUCGAAGGCUACAACAAUAUCCACUUCACCACUGUCUACCCUUCUUUCAUGGACAAUGUGAAGGUAGCUCUUCAACCGAGUCACAGAAGGUGGUGUUUAAGGAUAGAGGACGUCGCUGCCCGGACCAUAACCGGUGUUAGAAGGAAUGAGGUGAUGAUCAGCAUUCCUGACUACAUGUUCUACGUUUCUAUGGCGAGUAGGCUGUUGCCAACUGCACUCUCCGACUGGGGCUACAGACUGUACGCGGGAAACGGGUUCAGCUGUGUACAGGAACUUAUAGAAAAAUACGAUCCGAUAGUAAAAGACACCGUCAAGUAACUCGUAUACGAGUACAACCUAAAGUGUAAUAACUUUAUAAUCUUUUGUAAUGCAAUGAUAUAGAAAACAGUAAUAUAGUAUUGGAAGUA